CGCCCGCGCGCAGCCUGCGGCACAAGAUGGCGGCGCGGCUGCUCCCGUUGCGUGGGCUCCUGCGUUUUGGCGGUUCGCGGCGCUUGUCGGUGCAGCCCAGUGCUGUGCAAACUGAACAAUCCAGCGCGAAACGCAAAGAGCCCUCCUCUUCUAAACGUUUAACUGAUAUAGGCACCCGAAGGAUCUUCUCUUCUGAUCAUGACAUCUUCAGGGAGAGCGUCAGGAAGUUCUUCCAGGAGGAAGUGCUACCUUUUCACGCAGAGUGGGAGAAGGAUGGCCAGGUGAGCAAGGAGCUCUGGAAAAAGGCUGGAGAGCAAGGCCUGCUGGGCGUUGCUAUAGCCGAAAAACAUGGAGGUAUUGGAGCAGAUAUCCUCUCUUCAGCCGUGGUGUGGGAAGAGCAGAUGUAUGUUAACUGUACUGGGCCAGGAUUUGCCCUUCAUUCAGAUAUAGUCAUGCCCUACAUUACAAACUAUGGCUCUGAAGAACAGAUAAAACGCUUUAUCCCUCCCAUGGUUGAAGGCAAGUGCAUUGGAGCUAUUGCAAUGACUGAACCUGGGGCUGGCAGUGACUUGCAGGGGGUACGAACAUAUGCAAAAAAAGAUGGAAGUGACUGGAUUCUUAAUGGGAGUAAGAUGUUCAUCACGAAUGGUUGGAUGUGUGAUGUAGUGAUUGUGGUUGCAGUUACAAACCGUGAGGCCACAACCCCUGCUCAUGGGAUCAGCCUUUUUCUGGUGGAAAAUGGAACAAAAGGUUUCGUCAAAGGACGCAAGCUGGAAAAAAUAGGCCUGAAAGCCCAGGAUACAGCAGAGCUGUUUUUUGAAGAUGUGCGACUACCAGCCAGUGCCUUGCUUGGGAAAGAGAACAAGGGUUUCUAUUAUCUGAUGGCAGAACUCCCUCAGGAAAGACUGUUGAUUUCUGAUAUGGCUCUUGCCAGCUGUGAAUUCAUGUUUGAAGAAACAAGGGAUUAUGUGAGGCAAAGAAAAGCUUUCGGGAAGACUAUUGCCCACUUGCAGACGGUUCAGCACAAGCUGGCAGAAAUUAAGACACAGAUUUGCAUUGGCCGAGCUUUUGUGGACAACUGUUUGCAGCUGCAUGCGGAUAAACGUCUGGACACAGGCACAGCUUCCAUGGCAAAGUAUUGGGCUUCUGAUCUCCAGAACAGCGUGGCGACCCAGUGUGUACAACUGCAUGGAGGAUGUGGCUACAUGUGGGAGUAUCCAAUUGCAAAAGCUUUUGCGGAUUCCCGUGUUCAACCAAUCUACGGUGGUACCAAUGAAAUAAUGAAAGAGCUUAUUGCUAGAGACAUUGUCAGUGACAAUUAGGGGCACAUAACGACUUUGGAGAAUAUUCCCACCUCCUUUCACAUUAAUAGAUGGAGUAAAGUCAGGCACAAGAAUGUAAGUAGAAGAGACAUGGUGUAUUUUACUCUUUGAAGGAAGAGAUGAAGUAGUUUAAAACAGUUAUUAGGAAAGUGGUAGUAUACAACAUGAAUUUGGUCAUAUACAGCACUUCUGAUAUUUAGUGGACUAUGUUGGUGGGCAAUCUAAUGAUGUCUAAUCUCAUGUGUUCAGGUAAAGAGGAUAAUUUGAAAUAUUAUUGAUAGAUGAAUGUUUCUAAUUUAAUGUUAUUUUAUUAAAUCCAACCCUCAAAUUUCAAACACUCUCUUAACAUAACCACUUUCUUAACAAAUAAGGAGGAGAAAAAAAAAACUAUUAAAAGAGGUCGGGAUGUGACCUUUUACUGGUCAAAUAACACUCUACUGAAGGUGAAACUUUUGAUUCCGUCCAAUUUAUUAGUGUAGAAGAAUACUCUUAAUGGCAUACGCCAGAAAAGAGCAGCCUCUGUGUACAUAUGUGUCCUGGGCAGUAAGUGCACAUUAUAGGGGGAAGUUUGAUUUAUGCUUUUGACUUAAUCAGCACCGAAAAUGCCUUAUUGUAAUUACAAUGUUUG